UCGACUUUUCUGAAGAUUUAAAAACAUUAUAGACUGAAAGGCCGGCGGUCCUAUUUGCAGUUAUUAUUAUUAUUAAUUUUAGUUUUUUAAAAACUUCUUUGCCAUACUAUAAAGUUUUUGGAGUUUCUGGAAUGGACAUCGACUUGGGAUUUGCCGAAAAACGCGACGACGCCAAUUGGCUAACUAACCGGUACUUCCCCAGCAAGUUGGGCGGUCAACCCGCGUGGCUGGAACUGGACAGCCUGCCACCCCCCUCACAGCUGCAGUGCAGCAAGUGCAAGGCGCCCAAAUCCUUCCUGGCCCAACUUUACGCUCCCUACGAAGAUGACUUUAAUUUCCAUCGGUCUAUCUAUGUGUUCCUAUGCCGGAAUCCGGACUGUCAGCAGGCCCAGAGUGCGGGCAAUUUCACGGUGCUAAGAUCACAAUUGCCGCUCAAGAACAAGUUUUUCUCGGAAGAGGAUCCGGAUGACGAAGGCGAUCCUCUGCCAGCUAUUCCCUGCCUGAAGAAACUGUGUGCCGCCUGCGGUUGCCAUGCUCCUCACGCCUGCGCAAAGUGCAAAGCCAUCCACUAUUGCUCUGCGGAGCAUCAGCGAGCGCACUGGCCACGCCACAAGCUGAACUGCGGAUCCUCUGCGGAAGUGACCCGCGAAGCGCUCAUCAAAGUCGAGUUUCCCGAGUUCGAAAUCGUGAUGGACAGCAAUCCCACAAAAGCUUCGGAAGACGACAAAGACGACGAUGCCCGGUUGGCAGAGUUCCAGGAGCUGGAGGCCAGCGGCAAGACUGGUGACCUAAGCAACGUAUCCGAGGCGGAGAUGGACAAAUACUUUGGCAAUACGGCUGCCGCCGAUGACAAGACCUUCCGUCAGUUCAAGAAGCAAACGGCAGCGGAACCCGAGCAGAUUGUUCGCUACAAGCGGGGUGGCCAGCCCCUGUGGAUUACAGAUACCGCCCGGACGGUGGCGGAUCAACUGCAGCCGCUGCCCAACUGCAAACGCUGCGGAGGAGCCCGCCAGUUCGAGUUCCAGAUUAUGCCCCAGACUCUGACGCUGCUGGACGACGAGAACCUUGAUUGGGGCGUGCUAGCGGUCUACACAUGCGCCAAGAGCUGCCCCAUCGAGGGUUAUGAGGAGGAGCUGCUGAUCAAGCAGGACAUUGUCGCGGAGGAGCAGAGCUGACAGAGUUAAAAUGCAUACAUGUAAAUUUUAUAUUCUUGUCAAUUGUGGAAAACACGAACACGAA